ACUAUAAGCUUUUCGGAUAAAACUGCAAAAAUAUGCAUAAGCUUGAAGAAUUAGAUUAAAGUUUUCUUUUGUGCAAGGUUAUAAUAAUCAACCUGAUAUUAAUUAUAAAUUUAUAAUCAUGGCAACGGGCCGGAAACAAACACCUGCUGUUUACCAAGAACAAGAAGAUGGAGCGGAGAGAAAAAGUGCACUGAUUCGCUCUAUAAGCAUGCUGAGUGCCGAAGAACGAUCUCUUCUUCCCGUGGUUGCAAAUGCGCCGAACGGGGAACGGGAACUCUCCCGGCAAGAAAUUACGGUUAUUGUUGUGUGUUCCUGUACAACCGUGGUGGUCAAUCUCGGUGUAGGCUCCAUGCCGCUGCUGAUUCCCAUUGAGAUAGUGAAGAAAAAUUACGCUUACACCUGGACUGGGGUGCUCUUUUUACUCUAUGGAAUCAACGUUGCGACCUGUGAGUUACUGCAGUCCAAAAUAGUUCCUUUUCUCGGCACCAAACGAGCAUUUUUAAUAAGUUCCUCCAUUUUAGCGGCAUGCUAUGCCAGCUUUGGGCUUUUAGAUCUAACCAGCGAGGAAAGUGUUUUUGCUGGACUAGCGUGUUUUAUCCGUAUAAUCGAAGGGUUGUGCUACUCAGGAAUCAUGAAUGCAGUCUUCACAAUUUUGUGCCUUACUGUACCGACAAGGGCGAUAUUGGGCAUAAGUUUGAUUGAUGGAUUGACAUGUGUCGGGUAUUCUUUGGGACCACUUUUUUCUGGAAUACUUUUUGAAAUCUCUGGAUUUAUUCUGCCAUACAUAAUCAUCGCUGCACUAAUGGCUGUUUGUUCGAUAAUGGGAACAAUUUCCCUCCCGCCCGUUGCAGGAAAUCUUGCCGCUGGAAUGUCAGGGCCUCUGAAGGUCGUAUCCAGAGAUGCACAGUUUUAUGGUUGUACGGUUGUUGCUUUUGCAAUGGGAAAUUUUGUGGGAUUCAUGGAGGCCACGUUAGAAGUUUAUUUAGCUCAGUUCGACCGAGGCUCAACCGUGGAAGGAGCGGUAUUUUUUGCAAUGUGGUUUAGUGCCGCAGUAGUAUCCCCGCUCUGGGGAUACAUUCUGCGAAAAGCCGGGAAUAGCCACGUAUUCCUUUUAGCUGGCCCGUUUAUCGAAGCGACUGUUUUCAUAUUUUUCGGCCCUCUUCCGGGCCUCGAUGCUGUCGGUCGGCAUCUGGGUUUGUCCAUAACGUGCUUGAUUAUUAUGGCCGCCACCACAUCGAUGUCCCUUCUCGCCAGCAUUAACAUCAUGAUCGAAAGAGCUGAAAACGAUGGCAUCGAAACGAGCAUCCAUACAUACGCAUUCAUAUCCGCCAUUUGGUUGACGUCUCUCUACUUUGGGGAAGCCAUUGGAGCGAUAAUCAGCGGAAGUAUACUGGAUAAGUACGAUUAUGGAUGCGUUGCGAUUUCCGCCGUUGUAACAGAACUGCUGUUGGGAAUCUUAGCUAGUGCAUUAAUAUUACUUCCGUGGAAAAAAAUUGAGUGCAGUGUCUGAAAAAGUUUUGCAAUAACUACAACGCGACGGCAGUUUCAUGAAACUUUCGAAUAGUCGUAUUAAUGUGUUCAUAGAUCAACCACAAAAACAAUAAAAGGGGACCAGCAUAACGAACCCCGACAAAAGAGUUCCAUUAAAGAAAAACCAUCGAUAUAAAACAUGGAAAACAGAUGACUAUACUAUGUAGCUGCAACUAAAGUCAUUGGCAUUUCAAAACAACCAUAUGGAUACCGGAAAAU